AUGCCGGUACAGCUCAUCGUCCUUAGUGUUACCGUGGCCCUGUUAGGCAUGCUGCUCGUGCACUUGCUCUUCACGGUCCGAUACCACAUGCCGCUCUCCAAGCUCAACUACUCUCUCCAGGUCGGUCGCUGGCUCCGUAAUGGCGAGUUCUUGCAGGGGUAUCUGAUCACGUUCCACCGUACACUCCCAGAUCUCCGCGGUUGUCGUUUGCCUUAUCAACGUCGCAGCAGAGCUCGAAGUCGUUAUGCAUACACUCAGGCGGACGGGGCGCACCGAGCCGUGGACGUUCGACUACAGUGCGUGCCCCCUUUCUUCGCUCCGCGUGCGGUACUUGGAAGAAUUUGAUCGGCUGAUGCAACCGUCGUCGUGAUUUCACAGUCGAAGUCUUGAUACCACCGUCGAUAUGGAAUGAAGGCGAGCGAGGGGCAUGGCUGCUGCUGCAAGCUCUAGCAGCGAUGCUGGUUCACUUGACCCACAUUCAGUUCUUGACCAUGCUCUUCCCCUCCGAACUCGAGGCCAAGCUCAUCCUGGGUCUUCUUGGUACAUCGACUGGGAUUUGCCUAUUUUCCUACCUGGGUUGCCGUCUCUGACCGUGUUGUUCAUACGUUGUCGUCACACAGGUCCCCUGGCCGUCGCUACUGCCGGCCUUCACUUUACCGCACUCUCACCCCACCCCGCCGUCAACGAUCUCGGCGAUGCGAUCCGCAACACGUGCAACUCUUCACUUACUCUACUCUACACCUUCGCUCUUUUUGUUUGGGGCUUGACAUUGAACCGAUCACGGGCAUGGCGUGCCGAAGGAGGGACGGCCACGUUCGGAUCGGUGGCAAUGAUCUUGGGGGUCUUAGGCGUCGCUGUCAAUUUUAUCGAAAUUAAGGAGGACAGGAUGCGAUGGCUACCUGCCGUCAUUGACUGUGUUCUGCUGUGGCAGUCAUGGGUUGGAUUUUGGUGGUGGGUAGGCGCAGGGAUGUGGACUGGGGAAGCCGAAGACGUGGAACGAAGGGAAGCAAAGAAGAAGAAGCGCGCCGAGGCCAAGUUGCGCAAGCGGGAGGCGAAGGAGCGAAUCGACAAGCGCGAAGGCGGCGGAUCUGUGCUUGGCUCAGCGGGUUCGGGUCCGAUAUCCUUGAGACGACGGCCGAUGCGACCUAGCCGGCAGAACACGACUGAGGAGAUUGAACUUCAGGAGCUGGGGCCGAACGCUUCGAAUGGGACGAACGCUGCGCCAGCAACAGCCACCGCGCCGAACGGCGCACCCCGACCUGCUGGAUCGCGGUCAGGUCGACGCCCUGCGCCCAGCUCGGAGGCCUCGGAUUCAUCCGGUUCGACACCGCCGCCCUCACACCACUUCUACUCGCCCGUUGUUGCAUGGCUCUCGCCCUUCUUCAUGCGCCUUCGAGACGCCCACGACGAAGCCGCUGUGGCCCGAGCCGCAUUACCACCCAGGCUGCCCGACGAUGUACGUAGGGGUUGGGGACUUAGGGCGCUUAUGUUGCGGGGGAAGCGGGAACGAGGAGAGAUGAGGCAAGCCGCUGGAACUCAACGCGACGGUGAGUUCCCACCCGACAAACGCUGAGCCGGAUUCGAAGCUGAUGGUGGUACGCAAUUGGCAGCCGACGAUUCUGAAGAUGCGACCACGACCGAGUCCGGGGUGGACCCACCAGCACCCAUGGGUGCACCGAUACCCGCGCCCGCGCCGCCGGGAGGAGCGACUGUGCCGAACGAGACGGGCGAGGAACCCGUGCAGCGGAACUUGGCGGGGCGGGGUAUGGAGGGCCAGGGCCGGACGUGGACGAGUUUGUUGGCUCGAUGGAGACUCAAGGAUGUAUCGCAUUUCUAA